AUGGGUAAUACCUUGAGAAGCAAGAAAACUGUGAAAAUCAUGAAGAUCAAUGGAGAGAGUUUCAAGCUGAAAACUCCGGUGAAAGCUGGUACGGUGGUUAAAGAUUUUCCCGGCCACAUUCUCUUGGAAUCAGAAUCAGUAAAGCAUUUUGGAAUCAGAGCAAAGCCUUUAGACCCUAACCAGUACUUGGAAACUAAAAGGAUUUAUUUCAUGGUGGAACUUCCAAGAACAUGGAAAGAGAGAGGCCCAAGAAGGGUUCGGUCGGAAAUUCAGAUGAGUGCCAAGGAGAGGCUGGAAAAUCUGAAGCUGUCUCGUAGGUCAUCAUCUGAUCUCUCGGUAAUGAAGAAGAAAGAUGAGGUUGUUGAAGAAAAAGAAGUGAUGAUUAGCGUGAAGCUGAAGUUACCAAAGUGGAAAGUGGAGAAACUGAGGAAAGAGAGUGUGAGUGACUCUGAUUUCUCCAACAAGAUCAGAGCACUUUGUCUCCUCAACAUUCCAAGUGGAUUGAUUCAUGAUCAUCAGAGACAACAUUUGCUUCGUAAUGGAGGAAGAGUGUUUGGAAUUGGGAUUGGUGAAGAGAAAUGUGUCAAAUCACAUGAUGGAAUCAAUUCUUUUUACUUUCUCUGA